GACACGUGGAGAAAAGCUCAGCAGUUGUGAGACAGCAAAAAGCCUACACAGCAGACACAUCAAGAUGAGUUUAGAAAAUGAUGAUAAGAGAGCACGCACACGAUCAAAGUCUAUCAGAGUGCCCACGGAACUCAUAGGACAGGAGGUGAGCUGCCCUACCCCAGGAUGUAAUGGCUCAGGACACAUCCGUGGAAAGUAUGCAAGACACAGAAGUUUACAAAGCUGCCCUCUAGCAAAGAAGAGGAAACUUCAGGAUGCUGAGGCCGAGCACCUGGUGUCAAAGAGAAAAUCCCACCCCCUGAAGCUGGCCCUUGACGAAGGCUACAAUGUGGACAGCGAUGGGAGCGAGGAGACGGAGGUGAAGGAGGAGUCUGUCACUGAUGAAUCAGAGGGGACUUUGGAGGAGGAAGAGGCAGAGACGAUAGAACAGGAGGAGACCCCCAGCCCUGAGCCAGCGGAAGUAAGAAGCCCAGCAAAAUCAUCACACUAUGGACAAAAUGCAGCUACCAGUACACCCGGCCCUAGCAAGGCCAAUUACAGCAGCUAUCAAGAAAUCAUUGCCAACUCUCUCCUAAAUCUAGGCCAAAUAGCAGAAGAAACCCUUGCAAUAGAGGGGCAGAUGCCUGAAAAUGAACUGCAGGUCUCCAAGCCUCCUGUUAAUGUUGUGCACCUGGUCCAUGAAGGGGCGGAAGAAGAGGUGGUUGAGGAGGAAUGUGACAAGGAAAUUAUCAUCCACACUGAGGAUGCGGAGGAAGUCAUUGAGGUCACUAGUGAACGAAGCAGUGAAUUGUGUCCAGAGCAUCGGGACGAUCUGAACUGUGAGGAGUCCUGCAAGUUGCAGAAGGCCAUGCAAGCAGAAGCAGAAGAGGAGGAGGACGAUGAGGAUGAAGAGGAGGAGGAGGAGGAAGAAGAAGAGGAGGAAGAAGAGGAGGAGGAGGAGGAGGAAGAGGAAGAGGAGGAGCUGGCACCUGAAGUCAUCUGUGAAGAAACUCCUCAGACGUCUCGGGACUCCCAGAAAACACACUGUGAAGGGCGGUUCAGCCCAAAACCUGAGUACUCGGUCAUCGUGGAGGUCAGGUCAGACGACGACAAAGAUGACGAUGCUCGCUCCCAGAAAUCUGCCGUGACAGAUGAGUCUGAAAUGUACGACAUGAUGACCAGAGGGAACCUGGGGCUACUGGAGCAGGCCAUUGCGCUCAAAGCCGAGCAGGUUAAAAUCAUGAGGGAGCCCAGCCGCCUGCCAGGGGAGCACGUAAAGCAUUUCCAGGUGGACGAAAAACAAAACAAACCUUUGGACGCUAUCAGAAAAAACUACUACAGCAAAGAUCCCUCAAGACCUGAGAAGCGAGAGAUCAAAUGUCCUACUCCAGGUUGUGAUGGCACCGGUCACGUCACAGGCCUCUAUCCUCACCAUCGCAGUCUGUCUGGUUGCCCACACAAAGACAGGAUCCCUCCAGAGAUCUUGGCUAUGCACGAGAAUGUGUUGAAAUGCCCAACACCAGGCUGCACAGGACAGGGUCAUGUGAACAGCAAUCGCAACACACACAGAAGUUUAUCUGGGUGCCCCAUAGCCGCUGCUGAAAAAUUAGCCAAAUCUCAUGAAAAGCAACAGCCGCAGGCCGGUGACCCCUCUAAGAGUAGCUCCAAUUCUGACCGGAUACUCAGGCCUAUGUGCUUUGUGAAGCAGCUGGAGAUUCCUCAGUAUGGGAGCUACAGGCCCAACAUGGUUCCAGCAACCCCUAGGGCCAACCUGGCCAAGGAGCUGGAGAAGUACUCCAAGGUCACCUUCGAUUAUGCAAGUUUUGAUGCUCAGGUUUUUGGCAAACGCAUGCUUGCCCCAAAGAUUCAGACUAGCGAAACCUCACCGAAAGCCUUUAAAUCUAAACCUUUUCCAAAGGCCUCUUCCCCCAGCCACAGCCCUUCCAGCAGUUAUGUGAAGAGCACUUCAUCUUCCUCUACAGGCUUCGACUACUCUCACGAUGCCGAGGCCGCACAUAUGGCUGCCACCGCCAUUUUAAAUCUCUCCACCCGCUGCUGGGAAAUGCCAGAAAAUCUCAGUACCAAGCAGCAGGAUCUUCCCAGCAAGUCUAUGGACAUUGAGGUGGAUGAAAACGGGACGCUGGACUUAAGCAUGAACAAGCAUCGCAAACGAGAGAGCACCUUCCCCAGCAGCAGCAGCUGCAGCAGCAGUCCCAGUGUGAAGUCCCCAGAUGUGUCCCAACGCCAAAAUAGCACGAGUGCCACUAGCAGCACCAUGACCUCACCCCAGUCCAGCCAGACCUCCCGUCAGGAUGAAUGGGAUGGCCCCAUUGAUUACACCAAACCAAAUCGUCAGCGGGAAGAGGAGCCAGAAGAGUCAGAGCCCACAGCCCAUUCUUUUGCCUCCUCGGAAGCAGAUGAGCAGGAAGUGUCAGAGGAGAACUUUGAAGAACGGAAAUACCCCGGGGAAGUUACCUUAACCAACUUCAAGCUUAAAUUCCUUCCCAAGGACAUCAAGAAGGAGCUACUCACUUGCCCUACCCCAGGCUGUGAUGGCAGUGGACACAUCACGGGAAACUAUGCCUCUCACCGCAGCCUUUCUGGUUGUCCUCUUGCUGACAAGAGCCUCAGAAACCUCAUGGCUGCCCACUCUGCUGACCUCAAGUGCCCAACUCCUGGCUGUGAUGGUUCUGGUCACAUAACAGGAAAUUAUGCAUCACAUAGGAGUCUGUCAGGCUGCCCCCGUGCCAAGAAAAGUGGCAUCAAGAUAACCCCCACGAAAGAUGACAAAGAAGACCCGGAGCUGAUGAAGUGUCCGGUUCCUGGCUGUGUUGGGCUUGGACACAUCAGUGGCAAAUAUGCCUCUCAUCGCAGUGCAUCAGGAUGUCCUCUUGCAGCCCGCCGGCAGAAAGAAGGAUCACUUAAUGGCUCAUCGUUUUCCUGGAAGUCACUGAAGAAUGAGGGGCCUACCUGUCCGACCCCUGGCUGUGAUGGCUCGGGUCAUGCCAACGGAAGCUUUCUCACUCACAGAAGUUUAUCAGGGUGUCCAAGAGCUACUUUUGCUGGAAAGAAAGGAAAACUCUCAGGGGAUGAAAUUCUCAACACUAAAUUCAAGACCAGCGAUGUUCUAGAGAAUGAUGAAGAAAUUAAGCAGUUAAACAAGGAGAUUACUGAGCUGAAUGAGUCCAACUCGGAGAUGGAGGCUGCCAUGAUGAAGCUGCAGUCACAGAUAUCAACCAUGGAGAAGAACCUAAAGAACAUUGAGGAAGAAAACAAAAUCAUAGAGGAGCAGAAUGAAGCCCUGUUCUUGGAGCUCUCAGGUCUGAGCCAGGCUCUUAUCCAAAGUCUUGCCAAUAUCCGCCUUCCACAUAUGGAGCCAAUCAGUGAACAGAACUUUGACGCUUAUGUUAAUACCCUUACCGACAUGUAUACCAAUCAGGAGUGUUACCAGAACCCUGAGAACAGGGACCUGCUAGAAAGCAUUAAACAGGCUGUCAAGGGAAUUCAAGUCUAGUGCCGUGGGAUAACACAAAUACACAAACUGUAAGAAGAUGGAACCUUCACUUCGAGUAUUCAGGUUUACAAGUUAUAAAACUUGUCUAAUGAAUGAAAAAAGGACCAAAAUUUAACCAAGAGGCCAUUUACAAGAAGCAGAACUGAACUGAACUCCAUGUUGUCGUUUACUUAACUUGGACCUUCUUGCAAAGCGUGGGAUUUUCUGCCCGUACCAAGAGGUAGAUGAGAAUGGACGAUGAGACACUCCAAUAGGUUGCAGGGCUUGGUUGCUGGUGGAGAUAAGGCAUCUUCAUGAGCUGCCACAUUUUACUGAUGAGAAAGAAGGCAUUGUAGCCGAAUUAAUCCAAGGGUUAGUACAUUAGAAGAACAGGGUUUUGUCUGAUUUAAGAACAGCGUAUGACUGGCUUCAACCCUCAUGUUGUCUAUGGUCAUAUGUCCAGAUCACCUACUCACACAUGAAUUAUGUUAUAUGUUACUGUAAAUGGGAAGCUGGAACUGCAGGCUACCUGUAAAUCUGAACCUCUGCUGGGCCUCCCACCCCUAAGGUAUUCAGAUAUCCACUGGGUGUGGGAACUCUUAAGUAUUAUAAAGUAGCUUAUUUUUAUUUUCUGAAGAGCAGUUCUGGAUCUCCAGUGGAAAGCGCAAUGGAAAAAAGGUUCUCAGGGAAGCUUUUGGAGUUUGCAACUACAGUAUUCCUUUGUCUGUCUUAAAUAUGAGAAUAGCUAUUAUGAAUAGACCAAUACCAGAUAUUUCAUACGGAAGAAUUCUAAAUGUGUCAUGGUCCAGUGUAUAUGAUUUUUUGGAAGUCUAUUGGUGGACUGUUCUGGUUCUUUUCAAUAUUAUGGUCAUCAUUACAGCAGUGUAGUACUGCCAGUGCAGAUAUCAUACAUCAAUGCCAGAGAAAUGUUUAAAAUGAUUAUCAACAAAAAUGAAAGAUACUAAUGGAUGGCCAGCAAAGUGCUUAUCUACCAUGGACUGUGGUUGAUUCCUUAUAGAUGUACAUAUAGCAAUGGGUUUUUGUUUUGUUUUGCUUUGGUUGGUUGGUUUUCGUUUCUGUAUUUUGUGCAAGGUUACAGAGCAAGUGUCAUUCCACAAAAAGAGCAUUUGGGUAUUGAUCUUCCAAAGAACCCUUUUGUAAGCUGUUGGUACAUGCAGCCCACCGUGCACUUAAAAGAAGUACAACUAUGUGAAUGUCUUUGCAAAACCAAUCUCUAGCACCUCAUUCAUCCAACCAUCCAGCAUUGCAGAGCACAGUGAUUAAGGUAUUUUUCAAUCUGUAAGAAAGGAGUCGACAGAGAGGGAGAGAAGUAUUGGUCUGCCCCAGCAAAUUGCAAAUCCUGAAGGCUUGUUUAAUGAACUCGUCUCACACAAGCAUUAACUAUCAUUCAGAAUUCUUUAUCAGUCUGGUGAUAACACUUUGGAGAAGAGGGAGAUAGAAGCCUCUAGCACUCCAGUACUUGUCACAUAAGCCCCCCACUUUCAAUAUCAUUUCCAGUGAGGUGAGGGGUGGAGAGGAAUUUGCUCACCAAUAAUAAAGGGAAGAAUAUUGUGUCAUUAUGAGCCCAAUCCUGCAGAUAUUUAGGGGAUAAUGCAAAGCUCAAGGGAGAUAAUGGAAAGAGUCCCAUUGAUUCCAGUGGACAUUGCAUCAGGUUCGUAAGCACGUGAGUAGGUAGGUAGCCCCACUGAAGUCAAUUGGGCAGCUGAUGUGAAUAAAUUUAAUCACAUACUUAAGAGUUUGCAGGAUCAGAUCCCAUGAAUUCACUUAUUUUAGAACCCAUUCCAAGUGCAAAAAUAAAAUGAAAAAAAAAUGUAAUUUGAUGUGUUAAAAACAUAAUUCUUAACAUGUAAAUAGAGUCCAACUUGCUUGUGACUACAAUUCAGUUAGUAUUUAAAAGUAGAGAAAUUGCACUUCCUGGAAGAGAGAGAGACGGGGGGAGAGUAGCUAGUUUAAUUAUCCUGUAAAUUAUUUAAUUUUGGCAAGAUGUAUGUAAUUUAUAUUCACAACACCUUAUGUUAACUUUUUCCUAUUUAUUUAACCUUUCUUAUUUAUUAAUUUUAUACUUAUUUUAAACUGGACACCAUACCAUGGAAAAGAAAAGCAAAAAAUAAAAAAGUAAAACUUUUUUUGACCAUUAAAAAAAAAUUUCCCAAAAAAAAAAAAAAAGAAAGAAAGAAAAAAGGAAAAAACCCACGUAUCUACAACUCCUACUUGUAAUUUUGAUGCAACCGAGUUAUUUUUUAUAUAUUUUGUUAUUUAUUCUUUUAACAAUGGGAAUUUUUUAAAGAUAUUUUAUAACUGAGGCAUUUUGAUAAUUUUUUGGUUUGUUUUUUGAAGGGGUGGGGACAAUGGGAGGGGAAGAGAGACUUUUAGGGAUUUUGUUUUCAUUCAUAUUGUUUCAGGCACUGAUUAACGGUAAAUGAAAAUUCUGUAUUUAUUAUUUAUUUAAUAUUUAAGUCAAAAUGAACUGUGCUCUUGUUGUAUAUUUAUUUUGUCACGUUUGUGUGUUGGUUAUGUGAUGACUGAGUAAUUGUUUAUGUGAAGGAAUACUGUUAAUAUUUAAAUAAUAAAGAGUCACAUUGAAAGUUCUAGCAGGCUACAUGUUAUUCUGUGAAAAAUGAAUACUGUGAUCCACUUUCCUCAGGAAAUGUAUGCUCCAGACAGCAUUUCAUUAUGUAUUUGCAGGGUUCUUUCAUAAUAAAAACCCAGUUCUGUUUGUGA